UGGAGUCCAGAUUAAAGUGUGUGCAGACGGGGCUGGCUGCCUGUGCACCGCUUCUGACGGAGUCUCCAGCCGGGCUGACAGCAGACGACGCAGAGAUGUGGGGCAGCCCCGGUCCGCAGGUUUUCGGAGGAGAGGUGAAGAUGCUGCUGCUGCUGCUGUUGCUGCUGCCGCUGAGCACCGCCGGCUGCAGCGGGUCCCUGUAGUGAGUCUGCACAGAGCGGAGAAAGGCUGCUCCAACAGCGCCCAUACAGACCGUAAGGCUUCACUCACGUUGACCUGGACCAUGAGCAAUGAUUUGCCUGUUCUGACAAGUUUGACUGAGAACUCCACAGAUGUGCCUGUGUCGGCGGGCCAGGUGGAGAACUAUGUGCUGCUGCUGGUGCUGCUGAGUGUCUUCGCCGGGGGGACGCUGGUGCUGCUCUCCCUGCUGCUCCUCUUCUGUCACCGCUGCUGCAAGGGCGGACGACGCUACUCCAGAGCCAGCGAUGACCCUGAGAAGACAAACACCACCUAUGCUGAGGAUUCUCAGCCCACCCAAGAGAUCACCAUUCGUCUGGAUGAAUCAGAUGCUCUCUCAGCUUCCAGCUGCCAUGAAGGAGAGUCAGAGCGAUUUGUCUCCACCGGGUCUACUGGUCGCAGAGUCUCCUUCAAUGAGUCGGCGCUUUACGAACAGGAGAAGACGACUCAGGACAAGGGACGCAGGUACACUCUGACUGAAGGAGACUUCCACCACCUGAAAAAGGCCCGACUGACCCACCUUCACCUGCCGCCGGCCCCGUGUGACCUGAAGAUCCUCACCAUCAUGGAGUGUGACUCAGCAGACAGCAGCACCGUCAACAUCAGUGAGGGCGCAGCUCCAAAACUGCCCCUCACCAUCUACCAGCCCCCAGAGAGAAGAGUCCCUGACUGGCUGGGACAGAGCCUCAGUGGCGGUCUGCCAGGAGACCCGCACCACUCCAUCAUCCUGGACCAGGGACCCAGACAGAUCUCCUCAGCCUUGAAAACGCACUACACACGUUCCCAGACGAUGGAGGUUAUCGGGGACAGGGGAGAGGCUGAGAGUGAAAGGACCCUGAGAGCAGAGAUGACUCAAGCUUCGGGUCAGACUUCAGUCCUACGGUUCUUCUCUAAACUGCGGCGCCACGCUAGCCUGGAAGGGGCGGGGCCUUACUUCAGGAGGUGGAAGUUCGACAGCAGUCACCGGGCUGCCAGUCUGGACGCCAAAGGGUCGCCCAAGAGAAGGCCCUUCCAGAGACAGAGAGCAGCAAGUGAAACCACAGAUCACACAGAAGACGAGUCUUUAUCUCUACAAGAUGAGGUCAUUGAAUCUUUUCCACACACUCCCAUCCAGACCAGUGGCCUCCAGUCCCUCUCUGCAGAGUCUCUGUCUCACCACACAGCUGCACCCACGUCCUCCGUCUUCCUCAGCAGGCUAAAACUGGAGGCCAUGGUGGAGAUAGGUGGUGGCAGCAGCACUCGGAGAGGUAAACCAUGUUUGCCAGCAUAUGACUGUCGUGCCCAGGGGCAAGAGGAGGCCACAACCAAUGGGACAGGAGUGGAAAGAGAAACAAAACUAGGUGCAGUUGUGAGAACAGAAGCAGCGAGGGCAAAGCUGGAAUCGACAGAGGAUGGCGACUUGUUUGGGGCUCAGCAAGAAGCUGAAAUUCAGGAUGGGUUUGAAGACAUGUUGAGGAAAGCUAAUGACACAAAGACACAGGACACGGCAGCAGAUGUGAGGAAAGAGAACGAGGCAGAGGUAGAUGAUGGGGAAGACGUGUUGUUGGGAGCCGGCGCCAGGCGAAGGGCCGACUCGGGCUCAUCUCUUUCCUUCAUGAUUCGCCAGGAGAGCUCGGAGGCCCCUCCCUCCCUGUACAGAGACAUUUGGAGCCUGCGAGCCUCUCUGGAACAAUACGCCUCCUCAGACCAGAGCAGCACAGAUCGGGAGUCUAUCCGCAGUGACGCUGACAGCGUCUCGUCCUAUGGUGGUGCAGGAGCUCGUUCUGGCCUGGACAGCUGCUUGUCCCAAGACCUGGAUGAUGACCCUGAGGGGGAAGGCGAGGGAGAGGUGUUGGAGGGGGGAAUCAGGGGGGCGUCAGGUGGGGACAGCGAGAUGGGAAGUGGAGCUGCAGGAGAGGUUGAGGCCGGUAACCGGAAGCUCCUUCAGAUGGAUAGUGGCUAUGCCUCUAUUGAAGCACCAUCCAGGGCCCCUGAGGAGAUGCGGCUUUUUGGCGCUCCUGGAGCCCCGAGGGGAAAGACAGCAUCAGAGAGAAGGUUGUUCUUCACCAGUUCAGGGAGAAAAGGUUCAGUGUGCGAGAGCAUCGAGGCCAAACUGUUUCAGGAGGAGCUGGAGGAUGAGAUGGCAGACGGCGCAGAGACAGGAGGGAAACUAAAGGAGAGAUCUCACAACGGCAGCCAGUCUCUUAUCCUUCAAGAACCAUAUCAACUUCUGAAAUCCCUUCAUCCUCAGAAAACUACAGAAUCACAACCGCAGCUCAUAACUCAACUGAUUAAGCCGAAGGCCUCUAGUCCUCACAGACCUCGCCUCCGCCGCCGUGACUACAGCAUCGAUGAGAAGACAGACGCACUUUUCAAUGAGUUCCUUCGUCACGAUCCCCGGUUCGACCAGCAGGACUCUCCACUGCGCUCCAGGCACCGCUCCAGAGUUCACCUCCGGAAACAGUGGCAGAGACACAAGCAAUACAGUGACCCAGGGUCAGGCACCGGGGGUCGGUACUCCCCGUCUUUAGAGAGGCAGAGGUUCACUCCGCUGAGGAGGGGCGACAGCGCCGGUUACCCUCUGGACACCAGAUAUCACAGCACUCUCUCGCGCAUUGCAAGUGCUGCCGACGAAGAGGCCAGCGAGGUUGCAGAUUGCGUGGAAGCAGCCGGAGAGAGCACGGAGAACAGAGAUCCAUCAAGUGAGGCAACCGCCGUAGAAACUGCAGCCAACAAAACAUCUGAAGGCGCAGAUUCAAAAAAGGGCAGCCCCAGUCGUGCAGGGUCAGGUGGAGAGGGCAACGGCUGCCACGUCUCCACGCACAAGGACACGGAAGGCACGACCAGCCGAUCUUUGACUACGGUGACUGCACAAACCGGCCGCAUGGAUCCAGGCGGUGACAACAGAAACAACAACAGCAGUCAGGCGAUCCUAUCCGAGGUUUCCUUGCAGGCGGAAGGCCGACUGUCAGACAAGCUGGUGGAAUCAGUGGAGGAGAGGCUCUACGGCGGUCUGCGCACCGCGGAGAAGCUCGGCCGGGGAGGAUCGGAGCGCGUGCUCCCCGUGUCCCACACAUCCUCACCUGGCUUCAGUCCCAUGUGAUGACUCCUCAACAACGUUAUGUCAAAUCCAUUGUGUAGACCACAGACUCACUGGAACAUCAUUCCAACAUCAUUGUGUUUAGAUACUGGGUCAGCCUCUGUGAUCUCUGAACAAUUCUUCAAAAAAUGGUCUGAUAACAGUUGCAUCAGCACUAGGAUUAUAUCUAUAAAUAUAUUUUAAAAGUACUUUCUUGAUGGCCAGUCUCUUCCAGCGAUUCCACUCAGACCUUAAUAUCCACUGUGGCUCCAUGUGACAUGUGAUGCCCCCCCUUUUAUUGGUAACCAUUCUUUAAAAACAUCUUUAGGAAAAAAAAAGCAGACUUAACUGUGAAUUUUAAGCAUGCUACUGUAUGUCCAAAUAAUGUGUGAUAUGUAUACUGUACAGUUCUAACUUUAAAACAAAAAGCACUUUGAUGGGAAGAAAGAAAAUGAUUGAGUUUCUGUCCCCCACUCCUCUCAUUUUUGAACUGUGUCCUCCGCAAGUGUCCUUUUCGUCUCAAUCACCAUGAGGGUACAUGUGUAUGUAAGAGCUUUUUGUGUUUCUAAUUUGGCGAUGGGAAGAACAAUACUUACCAUGAAAAAAAACAACAACAACACACACACAUAAUUCUUAUAAUGAUUUUGUGCUCGCAGCCAACUCUCUCAUCAACACCCCGACGGUAUCAGCAGAUCCGGGGAGAACACACAAAAUCGUGAAAGUAAAAACAGAUUGGACACCCUGAAUAUGCAGCCAACACAGCACUCGAGAACACACGAAUCAAGCAUUUUUUAUACACCAACUUAACCCAUUUUAUAGGAUCUUUGUUAGUCAUCUGUCCCCGUCGUGCAUCAUAAUUAAGGACAUGGUAUCUUGGGCUCCAGUGGAGUGUUGUGUCACUGCUGGGACCUUGACAGAUGAAACUUAAAGUGUAGGAGCCUCUACAUCAGUCAUCAGGAGCGCAGGGGGUGAGCUUUUAGACACUUGGUCCAGGGACAGAGAGGCGCAGGGUCCAAACGGAACAGCAGUGGCGUCGUCUGCUCCCUAAUUCCAGCAGGAUGUAAAACAAACACUCGCCCUGUAUUACCCAACAAAAUAUAAGCCUGGUGAUGUUCUUUAACAGUGAUGACACACCCCAUGAAAAGACCAACAGCACCGAGGAACUGCUCAAACAAAGAAGUGUCUUGUCUGUGUAGACAGGGUCUAAUAUAACUUAUUACUCUGUGCCAUAGAAGCUUGGUUGUUGUCCAAAGUCUAUUAAGAACACACCAACCAGCCACAACACUUCACUCUGAGGGAAUCCCACAGACAUCGUCCUGCUGCAUGGCAUGAACAUGCACUAAAGCAUAAAAUGUGUAUCAAUCCAGAGCAGAGAAUAAUCCCCCCAAAAAUGCACUAUUUUCUCCUGUUUGAAUAAAGUUUGCUAAAAACAACAGUA